GGGAGAAGUGAGCAUCAGUGACAGAAACACAGUUUUGAGCAAGAAGGGGAAACUAGUCUUGCUAAAAUCUUUUGGUGGACUUGUUUUUCUGCAGAUUUCUUUCUCAUCAGGGGGCGUUUGGACCAGUGUGACUGCCAUGCCUUUAUACACAGUGACUGUUUCCACAGGGAGCCAGUGGUUCGCAGGGACUGAUGAUUAUAUCUACAUCACACUGGUGGGCACAGAGGGGUGCAGUGAGAAGACGCUGCUGGACAAAGCUCUGUACAACGACUUUGAGAGGGGGGCGGUGGACUCCUAUGAUGUGAGGGUCGGGGAGGACCUGGGUGAGAUUGUGUUGGUGAAGAUUGAGAAGAAGAAGUACUGGGUGCUGGAUGACUGGUACUGCAGGUACAUCUCAGUCAAAACCCCAUCCGGAGACCAUGUAGAGUUCCCCUGCUUCCGCUGGCUGGUGGAUGACAAAGAAGUGGUGCUGCGGGACGGAAGAGCACAUCUGCCUCAGGAUGAUAAGACCAGCCUGGUCAAGCAGCACAGGCAAAAAGAGCUGGAAAUGAGGAGGAAAACAUACAGGUGGAAGGAGUGGCAGCCAGGCUUUCCUAUGAGCAUAGAUGCUAACAGACACAAGGAUUUGCCACGGGACAUCCAGUUUGACAGUGAGAAGGGAGUGGACUUUGUUCUGAACUACAGUAAGGCAAUAGAGAACCUGUUUGUGAACCAGUUCAUGCACAUGUUCCAGUCCUCCUGGAGUGACUUUUCUGACUUUGAGAGGAUCUUUGUGAGAAUCAAAAACACAAUUCAGUAUGUGAUGCAACACUGGAAGGAGGACUUCAUGUUUGGUUAUCAAUUUCUAAACGGUUGCAACCCCGUAAUGAUCCGAAAGUGCACCAAACUCCCCGACAAGUUUCCUGUCACUCAUGAAAUGGUUUCUGUCAGCCUGGAGAGGGAGCUGACUCUGGAGCAGGAAAUAGAGGCAGGUAACAUCUACAUCAUAGACUUCGAGGUGUUGGACGGCAUCAGUCCUAACUCAACAGACCCGUGCACACUGCAGUACCUGGCAGCUCCAAUCUGUCUACUCUACAAGAACGCCCAGAACAAGAUCCUGCCCAUAGCCAUACAGCUUGGGCAAUCUCCGGGUGAAGACAACCCGAUCUUCCUGCCCACUGAUGGUCAGUACGACUGGCUGCUGGCAAAGAUCUGGGUCCGAUCAGCCGACUUCCAGUACCAUCAGACCAUCACACACCUGCUCAGGACUCAUCUGAUGACAGAGGUGUUUGCUAUUGCUAUGUACAGGCAACUCCCUGCUGUUCACCCUGUGUAUAAGCUACUUAUCCCACACAUUCGUUUUACCAUCGCUAUCAACACCAAGGCCAGGGAGCAGCUCAUCUGUGAGUGUGGCAUCUUUGACAAGGCAAACGCAACAGGUGGAGGUGGUCAUGUCCAGCUGGUUCAAAAGGCGGUAAAGAAUCUGACCUUCAGGUCUCUGUGCUUCCCGGAUAUCAUCAAAUCCCGUGGUGUGGACAACACGGAGGAGCUGCCCACCUACUUCUACAGAGACGAUGGCUACAGAGUUUGGGAGGCCACCAAGAGUUUUGUGUCUGAUGUGGUGCACAUUUACUACAGCAGCGAUGAGACACUGCAGGGAGACGAAGAAAUCCAGGCCUUCGUUAAAGAUGUGUGCAGCUUCGGUAUGCAGGACUUCGAUCACUGCGAGUUUCCCAAGUCCCUGAAAACCCGUGAGGAGCUGAUCGAGUAUCUGACCGUCGUUGUAUUCACUGCUUCAGCUCAGCACGCAGCAGUCAAUUUUGGACAGUAUGACUGGUGUUCCUGGAUCCCAAACGCUCCAUCCACCAUGAGAAAGCCUCCGCCCAACAAGAAGGGCCUGGCAAAUGUGAACUUGAUCAUCGAGAGCCUCCCAGAUCGCGGACGUUCCAGCUGGCACCUGGGGGCUGUCUGGGCCCUCAGCCAGUACCAGGAGGGUGAGCUCUACCUGGGCAUGUAUCCUGAUGAGCACUUCAUAGAGAAGCCAGUGAAGGCGGCCAUGGAGAGGUUCAGGAAGCAGCUGGCAGAGAUAACCAGCUCCAUCAAGAAGAGGAACGAUGGGAAGAAGCUGCCCUACUAUAACAUGUCCCCAGACAGAAUCCCAAACAGUGUCGCUGUUUAAAGAAUAAAAUCUGGUCUGUACUUCAUAUUUUGCAAAGAGCACAUUGAGGAUAUUACUGAGUCUGUCUAAAUAUGCCUUUACAAACAUAUAUUUGUCACCAGAGUGUGAUUUUGAUACUUCUAUAUAUUUAAAUGUAUAUGUGCUGAUGAAAAAAUCCAAAUUGCAAACUGUUUCUACAUUGUUUUUGUCACUGAAAUUUAGUUUAGAAUGCUGAAAAAACAUGCCAUGGCAUAGUAUGUCUAUAAAAAGAAAUUGUAUAGUGUGCCAUUGUAUGUUGAAAAAAGUGCCAACAUAUAGUAUUCCGAAAAAAAAACCUAGAGCAAAGUAUGUCGAUAGAAGUCAUAAAAACAUAGUACAGUACGCAACCCCCCCACCCCACAAUACAGCAUGUUGAAAAAGCCAUAGUAUAGUAUGUCAUAUAAAAAAAACAUUAAAAAGUCAUAGCACAGUAUGUCGAUUAAAAAAUCAUAUCAUAUGGUAUACAAAUCAUAAGAUAGCAAAAGCACAAUUAUUGUUAUUUGCGGGGGAUUAUAAUCUAAUCAAAACAUUGUUACUAUUUUAUAUUCCAUUUCCACCAAUAUGUCCUCCUAAACCCUACACUCUGGACCUGUGAAUUAAGAAAACAUGAUGAAAAAACACAAAGCACUAAAAGUAACUUAAUUUUUAUUUGGUUGUUCUUUUUUAAAUUCUACAUACUUUGUUCAAUAAUGGGAAAUUAAACUGAAAACACAUCAAUAUUUCUUUUAAAAACAUAAGUACUUUUUUUUACCAGAUUCUUUACAGUUACUAUUCCAAAGAAAAUUCACAGACAAACUCGUGGAAUGAUAUCAUAAGACAGGGGAACAGUCAUACAUGUUCAAGUCCAGUCAGUAGUAAACAAAUGUAGCUUUAUGCAAGUUACACUUUUUCCAGACAUGAUCAAAUGUAAGUGAUGGGGUAAAGACAGAGACAAAAACCUACAAAUAAAAUACUGGGGCCGUGAGGUUGAGAAGGUACCUUUCCUUCUCAGCCGAUGUGCUGUUCAGGAGGAUUUUAAAUUGAAGAAAUCAAGUUGAUAGAGACACAGAGAAAGAAAGAAAAGCUGCUCUCAGAGAGGAACAUGCCUGUGUGUAAAAGCAUCCUAAAGUGGCCUCAAAACGCGCCCCCAGACCUCAUAAAAGGAGCCAGCUCCUGCGAGUAGAAAGUAUAAAAAGCACAAUCUACAUCUUCAACCUGCCAUCUCAACGACACGUCAAAAUAUUCCACGUUUUUUUAUGUGAAAAACACAAAAUGUUUAACUGCGACGCUGCGGUUAUAUUCUGCAUAAUUAAACCUCAUGAAGUAAUUGAAAAAGGGAGACAGAAGGGAGACAGAAGAGCUUCACAUGAGGUUGUGCAACCAAACUUUUAACAACUCUAAUAUCUAAAGUGCAAAACGAAGAGUGAAAGUUGAAGUUCUGGUAUGUAAGUCUGGGAAAAAAUAAAGAAGUGUAAGUUGCAUAAAAUUACUAAUGAAAGUUUUUUUUUUUUUUUUCAAAUGAACAAAUUGUAUUCUGUUUUCUUUUAAAAAUAAAUACAACACAAAAUGAAUAAAUCAUCAUUUUAUACCCAGAGGACACCCUGGACAUUAAACACCAUUACAUAACUAUAGAAUAGAAUAACAACAAAAGGGUAAUUGCACUUUUUAUCUGUCUAAUUGCACUGAGCCUUGUGGGUAUCAAAGUUUCAGAGAAGCUUCUCGUUUACUAGGUUGUAAUCCAACUUGACACAACAACUCCCUCGGCUCAUAUUAUGUAUUAAAAUUAUAUUAGACUCCAGAUCUCAAGUCACCGUGGGGCAUAUACACAAGUGCAGUAUGAAUUGUUGCAAAAAACAAAGCGCUGAUUUCAUUUAUUGCUGCUGCUGCUGAGCAGUAAUUGUCACAUACUAUGUUGCUGGACCAUCAUUUGUUCACAGACAGUUUACUGGUAUCAAAGACAUGUUUUUAAAAAUGUGUGUGUCGCUGGAAUGGCUGUGAGGCUCAACAUGAGCCCGGCAUCGCUGUGCUCCCACAUACACAAAAGCACUUACAAUGACUGUAAGCCCAAAACACAUCGCCCUGAGAAAUCAGCUGCUGCCUAUGCCAGACUGCACCAUCAGCAGGUGGCGCUCCAGUCAGCUCAUCAAUGAGAGGCGGGCCAGGCUGUAUACCUGUCACUGCAACAAAUGUAUGGAUGUAUUGCGUUGCUUUUAAUGCAAAAUAAACUACCAUUGAUGAUGAAUAAGACAACCUCUAAAAACAGUCCUGACUGCUACAUAAUGCAGUGUUUAAGCGGUGCUUUCUUACAGAGAUGAAAAAAAAGAGUUGUUGGUAUAACCCAUUUCAUUUCAGCCACAUAAGGCUAGAUAGAGAAAACACUCAAUCAAAUGGGAGGCAGCAUGCUGGCUGUCUUGUGAUUAAAUUCUAAAAUAGACACUCCACCAUGUGAUAAGACUCUGGGGAGAAGAAACAAGACACUUUCGCUGAAACUGAGACUCCUGCUCGUCUGAAAUGCUUGGUAAUUAUCCAAUACGUCACAUUCAAACAUCAGAUCUUAUGCUCCAUGAAGAAGUGAUCACUGAAGGGGUGGAAAGCUUAUUUUGCAGUCAAAUUGAAAUACACACAGUUACAGCCUGCCUGCUUUUAAAUAAAAACUAUCUAUUCAGGGUGAAUCAAUGCACUGGCUGCACAGAGGGAGCGAUGGACAGGCAGACUGAAACUAGGCAGCUGUGGAUUUCUCAGGGCACAUCCUGUGACUAAGCAAACAAAUCAACACAUUAAAAACUGCACAUGGAAUAUCACACUGUAAAUACUGUGUCAUUCGCAUGA